AUAAAUGUAGAUACAAGUUUGGGUUUAGAAGCAAAAUCCCAUAAUAUUAUCCAACUAAUCUCCAACCGCCCUCUUCAUCUCCUUCGUCGUGGAUCCUCGUCUCUUACCUCCCAUCCAACUGUAUUCUUCCCCAUUUCUUUAUUCCCACAAAGAUUCGUUGAAACCCCUCCCAUCAUUUCCUCAUCUUAUUCUCCCCCAGAAAACCCUCAACAACUCUCUCUCCUCUCUCUAUGACGUUGACAUUUCUCUCGGCCUCUUCUUCGCUCUCCCCCCUCUCUCCAUCGACCCCAACCCCCUCAUGGCGUCAAACAUCGCCGACGAAAUCCUGAACCUCGUUGGCAAUGUCUCGGCCAGCGCGGGAGAAUUCGUCGAUGGCCCAAUUAAGGCCGAGUGCAUUUGGCUCUCGAGGAAGGUCUCGUUGUUGUCGCAUUUGGUGGAGGAGAUCAGGGAGUUUGUGAGCGGAGGAGAUGAGGGCUCUUCUUCAUCGUCGGCGUCGGCGUCUCCGACUUCUUAUUUGGGGAAUUUGAUGGCUGCCCUCGAGGCGAUUAAGAGGUUUCUGAUGAAUGGCCGGCCUCAAGGAGAUGGGGAUACUAACAUUGCAGGCAAAAAUGUUGUUGUGCAGUUCCAUUAUGUGACAUGGCAGUUAGAGAAGGUCCUAGGAGACAUUCCAUAUGAUUAUUUUGUGGUAUCGGAUGAAGUUCAAGAACAGGUUGAGCUGGUGCGUACGCAGUUGAGAAGAGCUACUGAAAAAAGUGGAACACCAAACCUGAAAGUCUUUCAAGAACUCUAUCGAAUACUGAAUCGCAAACAGGCUAAGGAACUCAAAAGAACAUUAACCAGAUCUAAAGCAGUAAAGAUUGAAGACACUGACAAUGAUGAUGCUGGUGACAGUGGAUUUGAAGAAAUAGUUAUACUGGUUGCAGAAGUGAAUGGGAAGUCUAAGCGCGAUGCUCAGAAAAUGACUGUCAAUUUGAUGGAAAUUCUUAAGAAGGAUACAAAUGCAGGUGAGAGUGUGUCAACCAAAACUGCACUGGCAGUUGAGGAAGUUAAGAAACCUGAUGUGCCGGUGAUCCCAGAAGAUUUCCGUUGCCCAAUAUCACUGGAGCUGAUGAGAGACCCUGUUAUUGUUUCCACUGGACAGACUUAUGAGCGAGCCUUCAUCCAGCGAUGGAUAGACUGCGAUAACCGAACUUGUCCAAAGACUCAACAGAAGCUUCAAAACCUGACGCUAACACCUAACUAUGUGCUUCGAAGUCUAAUCAUGCAGUGGUGUGAAGCUAACAGAAUUGAGCAGCCUCGAAGAUCAAUGAGCGGACGUAUAAGGAGCGAUGGAUCUUUUGAAGAUCUUAAUGGCGAUAGCAUUGCAAUCAAUGCACUUGUUCGUAAUCUCACAAGUAGGUCACUUGAUGAACGAAGAUCUGCUGCUGCUGAAAUCCGAUCCCUAGCAAAAAGAAGCACAGAUAACCGAAUUCUAAUAGCAGAGGCAGGAGCUAUUCCAGCUUUAGUCAGUCUCUUAUCAGUUGAUGACUCUAAAGCUCAAGAACAUGCAGUAACUUCUUUAUUAAACCUCUCGAUUUAUGAUCACAACAAGGAACUAAUAAUUCUCGCGGGUGCUAUAGUUCCAGUAAUCAAGGUGUUAAAAAAGGGUAGCAUGGAGGCAAGAGAGAAUGCAGCAGCUGCGAUUUUUAGCCUAUCGCUUAUUGAUGAGAAUAAGAUAACAAUUGGAAGCACACAUGGAGCUAUAGAUUCUUUAGUUGAAUUGCUUCAUAGUGGAAGCACAAGGGGGAAAAAAGAUGCUGCAACUGCUCUUUUUAAUUUAUGCAUUUAUCAGGGAAAUAAAAUUCGAGCUUUGAAGGCAGGGAUUCUUAAGCCGUUGCUUAAUAUGUUGAGGGAUUCUUCGAGCAGUGGAAUGGUGGAUGAAGCAUUGACGAUAUUGUCAGUUCUCGUGAGCCAUCAAGAGGGAAAACUUGCUAUUGCUAAGGCUAACACAAUUCCUGUACUUAUCGACCUCUUAAGAACUGGCCAGCCUCGAAACAAAGAAAAUGCAGCAGCAAUUUUAUUGGCUUUGUGCAAAAAAGAUAGCGAGAAUUUGGCUUGCAUCGGCAGGCUUGGUGCUAUUAUACCUGUAACUGAGCUUUCAAAAAGUGGUACAGAUCGAGCUAAGAGAAAGGCCACUUCUCUUCUUGAGCAUCUGAGCAAGCUGCAGAUGCUGUAGGUGAAUUUGCUACUGAAGGUUUUAUUGGUGUUCACUUUGGUGUUUACAGAAAAUUUGGGUGUGCGUUGUGUCUGAAUGAUGUAGAUAACAAAAUGUUAUCUACUGUAUUGUGUCGAAAUUUGUUUCAUUCUUUGUGGAAGUGUUUAUUUAAUGUAUUCUGAUUUUAUGAAAGCUGAUGUAGUUACACUGCUCGUUUUGUUUGGUGUAACUUUGAGAUUUGUUAUGAUUAUUCUUUUUCCCGCUCUCAUUA